CCCCAUUGUCAGCUCCGGCGACGACUCGCCGUUUGCAUAUACGCUCUUUCAGGAACAAAUUUAUCCCUUAAUCCUGUUCUCAAGCUCAAAUUCAUAAUUUUUUUUCUUCUGAUCAGAAUUGUUUGGUAGUAAUUUUGGAUCUUUAUCGCCAACUGUUCGGUAAAUUGCCUCAGUGAGCCUGCCAUUGGUUUCGAUCACACUUUGAGAUUUUUGAGUCAGCCAGUGACCAGAGAGUGUUUGUGUUUCUAAUAAUGAAGAGCUCUUGGCAUCGGAAAGAGCUGCCCUUUCUCAUUCUCUAUGCUCUGGUUUUCUAUGCAAUCACCAUCCGACGCGCACUCCAGCUCUCCCAUGAUCAUUACACCCAGCUUCAUGGAUUGCGCCACAGUGGGAUCAUCAGUAGAUUAAAUGUAAUUUAUUAUAUGUUGAACCCUUUAUGCAUCGUUUGUUUCAAAUUUUAUUGAAUGCAGGGGAGGGAUUCAUCUCAUUUGGUUGGGAAAAUGGAGGGGAUGGUAGGUACCCGUUUUUCUUUCUCCUCGAAUUAAUGUCAUUUUAUGGUAUUCACAUUAUCCCCUUACCUUUGUAAACCUUAACAGUUAAAAAUUGAAGUUGGACAAUUAACUGGUGAAGAGGUAUAGCUACUUAUUGUUUGAUACACACACAAUUAUGUAUACAUAUAGUUAUUGGCUAAUUUGCAUAGAGACAUGGAUGGGUAGUCAUACAGGGAUGGGAAUGAGGACACCAAUUUUUCGUGCAACAUGGGUUAUGGGUAGCUUAGAUAUGACUUGAGGAGCAAUCGAGGUAGACCAAAAAAGAGUUUCAGUGGGGUGAUUAGACAGGACUUGCGCUGUGUGCAACUCACCGAGGACAUGACCUUAGAUUAAAGUUGUAGAGUAAACCUAGACAUGAGCGGUUCCCUUUGCUCUGGUCCCCAGAACUAGUUAGAUACAUGCAUAUAGUCAGGUCACUCAGGUGCCUUUGUCUUUUCUUUAUCCUUUCCCCAUAGAACUGUUUUAAAUAUAUGCUUGGUGCGCUCUUUUGUGCUUCUUGUGCACGAACCUAGGGUCUUUCAGAAACAAUCUAUAUUUUUUAGAUAGGGGUAAGGUUGCAUACCCCCCCAGACCCCAUUCAUGGUAUUUUAAUGGAUCCUUGUUAUGUGUGUGUAAUAAUGAAUCAAGGCAGGUAAUUGAGCUUCACUUUUCGCUGAAAAAAAAACAAAAUGAAAAUUGAGCUGACAUGUUCGUUUUAUUGUAUCAGGAUUUGCACACCAAUCAAUGACAUAGCUUCAUACAACAAGCAACCUAGUAAAAUCCCAAAAAAGUUGGGCUUGAUACAGCUUCCUAUUUUUAUAGUUUUAUCAUAUGUUGCUUUAUACUACAAAACCCAUCCAUUACCAAUGGAGCUAACAUAGUGAUCGCUGACAAUGUUUUAGCUUUUGACCACUAAUGGACUAAAUACAAAUACAAAUAAUAGGAAAGCCCGUCAUUGUUGUCAAGUUAAAAUUAGCUCCCCUCCCCUCCGGAUCCAGAUAAGAAAUACUCCGUAUUAAAAUGCCUCCUUUCCUUUGAACCAGACAUAGCUUUAACUUAGCUGCAUAAAUAUCCUUUCCAACGAGAUUUGCUUUUAGGUGUUGUUCCAAUACUUAGAUGCUAAAAAAUGGUGCAAACAGCAUUCAUUGACAUCUUGAGGUAAUGUUAAUUGAAUUCACAUAGCUUAGAUGUGAUAGUUUGAGAUGCUAUUGACAAUGAUUACUGUGAGAUUCUUUGUAACUUGUCUAUUGUGAAAGGAGGCUUCAAAACAUGUUAUCACAUGGUAUAUAUGCAGCUUGUAUUUGUAAUUUUGAUUAAAUUUGAGUGAGAUAAUACCUUUUUGAUAUUGAAUGGAUUUUCUUACUUCACUGAUUCUCUUGCUAGGAUGCUUCUGAUGCACAAUGGAGGAACUUUCGGGGGAACUUACCAAUUCUUACAUUGGUUUUCGUAGUAUUUACUGUAGUAGCUACUGUAUUUAGAUCAUAUGGUCUAAAAGCAAAGGGGAUGUCCAUUAUCUGGCUUUUCAUUUCAAUGGCUUACUUAUCAUAUCUCCAUGGUGCCUGCAUCGUGUAUGUCUUGUUGAUUGCUUCAACCAAUUAUUUUAUAGUAAAGAUAUGCGGAAGGACAAAAUAUGCUUUUGUGUUGUGGAUAUAUAAUCUCUCCUUUCUUGUAUGUAACCGAGUGUAUGAGGGAUAUCCAUUCUCCAUUUUUGGGCAACGUUGGGCUUACUUGGACAAUUACCGAGGAACCGUAAGGUGGCAUAUCUGCUUUAAUUUUGUGGUCCUGCGAAUGCUUAGCUUUGGAUAUGACUACCACUGGGCAGGAAAAAGCAAGCACUUUGACGAAGAGAAGCACCUCCAGCGAUGUGAAAAUUGUUCCUCGGGAAGAACAUGCUAUCUGCUUUUACAGGAGAGAACCUUGAAGGAUGACAAGUUCUCUAUUACUACCUACUUGUGUUAUUUGUUUUAUGCUCCCCUCUACAUCGCUGGUCCUAUCAUUAGUUUCAAUGCAUUUGCUUCCCAGUUGGACGCUCCCCAGAAGACUUAUCUACCACAUGAUGUAAUUUAUUAUGGAUUUCGUUGGGUAUUCAGCUUGUUUCUUAUGGAGCUAAUGACACAUUUCUUUUACUUCAAUGCCUUUGCAGUUAGUGGCAUGUGGAAAUAUUUAUCCCCAAUGGAUGUCUUCAUCAUCGGGUAUUAAAUUUCAUGUGGCUCAAGUUUUUCCUGAUCUGGCGUUUUUUUCGAUUCUGGUCACUGGUAAAUGGUAUCGAGCCACCUGAGAAUAUGCCAAGGUGUAUCAAUAAUUGCUACAAUCUAGAAACAUUUUGGAAAAACUGGCAUGCUUCCUUCAACAAAUGGCUUGUCAGAUACGUGUAUAUUCCUCUUGGGGGUUCUGGUAGAAAGUUGCUAAACGUAUGGGUGAUCUUCACAUUUGUUGCUAUCUGGCAUGAUCUGGAGUGGAAGCUUCUUUCAUGGGCUUGGCUGACAUGCUUAUUCUUCAUACCUGAAAUGGUUGUAAAAUCAACAGCAAAUGCUUUCAAGGUGGAAAGUGCUGUAGGCAAGCUCUUAUACUACGAACUCAAUGCUGUUGCUGGUGCUGUCACCAUCACUUGUCUUAUGGUGGCCAAUCUUGUUGGUUUUGUGAUAGGACCAUCAGGGAUCAACUGGUUAACAUCUGUCUUCCUCAAAAGAGAAGGGCUACCGGUUUUACUUGGCAUGUUUGUGACAUUUUAUGUUGGGACUAAGCUCAUGUUACACAUCUCUAAUUCCAAGAAAAGGAGACUGCAAAAGUAGAUUAUGGAAUAGAGUACACGAACUGCAUACUUCAGACGCAGGUAAAUUGCUUUUAAGCUCCAAUUGGUACACGGAAUUCAAGUCGUGGAAUUGGAAUUGGGAACUUUAACUCCAAUUCUGGUGUUUGGUAGCACAAAAAGUAUGUGGAUUUGGAAUUAAUAGUGCAAAAAAUGAAUUGGAAUGGGAGAAUUCAACUCUAUCGAAUUCAAUUCCAUACAAUUUCAAUUUUAAUUUUAAUUCCAUCAAUUUCGUAUACUAAGCUUCGGAUUUUACUCUUUUUUUGGAAGCCGUUGUGAUUUUUUUUUAAAUGUUGCUUCAUUCAUGUACGCAGUUUCUCCUGGGUGCAUAACAAACUGUUACAACUGCCCAUAGAUAUCGUCUCUACAGGACUUCACACUGCUCGAACUCUUCGCUUAAGACUUGAACCACGAAAAUUACAAGUUCUUAGCAAACCGAAACUCUCAAUGAGAAGAAGUGAUCUUCUCAAGUCUCUCUCUUUAUAAACUGAACUCUCUUUU